CGGCCGGCUCAGACGCCGGUGCCAUCCUUCCUGUAGACCGCAACUCGGUGAGACCUUCGGCGAUUAACGCUUCACCUCAGCUUUUCCCUGUCGGUGCCCCUUCACCAAGAUCAUGUUCAAGAAAUUUGACGAGAAGGACAGUGUGUCCAACUGCAUCCAGCUGAAAACUUCCGUUAUUAAGGGUAUUAAAAGCCAACUGACUGAGCAGUUUCCAGGUAUCGAACCGUGGCUUAAUCAAAUCAUGCCUAAGAAAGACCCCGUCAAAAUAGUGCGAUGCCAUGAACACAUGGAAAUCCUUACAGUCAAUGGAGAGUUACUGUUUUUCAGGCAGAGAAAAGGACCUUUUUAUCCAACGCUGAGAUUACUUCACAAAUACCCGUUUAUCUUGCCACACCAGCAGGUCGACAAAGGAGCCAUCAAAUUUGUGCUCAGUGGUGCAAAUAUCAUGUGUCCGGGUUUAACGUCUCCCGGAGCAAAGCUCUACGCUGCUGCGGUAGAUACCAUCGUGGCGGUCAUGGCAGAGGGCAAAGAGCACGCCCUGUGUGUCGGAGUCAUGAAGAUGGCUGCAGCAGACAUUGAGAAAAUCAACAAGGGGAUCGGCAUUGAGAAUAUCCAUUAUCUAAAUGACGGGCUGUGGCACAUGAAGACGUAUAAGUGAGCCUUAGACGCAAUGCACUUGAGCUAAAUAUAAAUAUUGUGUUGUAUCUGUGUUUGUGUCUGUAUAUGACAUCAUGAAGACAAUGCCUCUGUGGUUAUGCUGAAUAAAUUCAACAGAUACCUUUAAAAAAUGAAAACGGGGUGUUGUAACCACAGGAGAGAGCAGGAAUUGGGGGACAAGUAACAGUUUGCUGCACUUUGGGAUCAAAGAAGUGGUCAUACUGUGUUAUUAGGAGAUUUGGUAGCAUCCAGAGAGGUCUGGCAUCGGGUUCUCUACUUAGGUGCUCCCAAUAAGAGCUGCCUUCGAAAUUCCCUCUUGACUACUUCCUUCAUCUCUCUCUCCUUCUCUGCUCGGGAAGGGUUACCAGCCAUCCUCUUGGUUUCCUGAAAUUCUGGACUUGGUAGGAGUAGCAUUCCUUGGGAACCCACUGUGUUCCAUUCCAGGCACUGUGCUGAGGGCAUUGUAGAAUAACCUUCCUCACUCCUCACAACAGCCCCCUGAGGAAGGUGCUGUUGACUUUUUUACAGAUAAGGAAACAAACUCUGUAAAGAGGACACUUCCUACCCCAGGGUCACCCAGCUUCAGGUGGCAGAGCUUAUAUAUCCCAACACCCUCAUUUGAUCUGGGCCUGUAUUCCCCCUAUAGAAAACUAAGGGGUUGGGGGUGUGCCCAGUGAGCUUUCCAGCCUAAAACCCCUGCCAGU